AUGGACAAAUAUGAAGGUGCGGAAUUUCGAUUACCGCCAAUUGAAGGAAUAUGGGAACCAGCUUUUCGAAUACCCUUCAUUUCAUACUUUGUUCUGUUUCAAAUUGUUGGCUAUUUCAUUCGGACAUAUGCAUGGAAGAGCUAUAGCGGUUUCAAGCAGUAUCGAUUGCGCAAUUUAACGCUAUGUGUAAUUCAUUCUAGUAUCAGUGGCCUAUGGUCAUUUGUAUUUUCCAUAACCCAUCAACAAGUAAUGCUAGAAGAAACGAUACAUUGGUACAGUCCUUGGGCCGUACAGCUUCCAAUUCUAUCUAUGGCAUAUUUCAUUUGUGAUACGAUGGAUAUGUUACGGCAUGAAAUUUCGAAAUGGACUAUUGAAUUACUAUUUCACCAUGCCGCAAGCAUAUUUGCUUUUGCUUCAGCCGUCCUUCCUCAUAAAUUUAUCCCUUACACCUAUUGGGCUCUUUUAAUGGAAAUUAAUAGCAUCUUUCUACAUCUUCGGUCACUAAUGCAAAUCACCGGCUAUAGUGUUUUGAGGCAGAGCCUUUUCCGAAUAAUUCAACUUACAAAUAUUGUUACAUUUGUCAUAUUUCGAUUUGCUGUACAAAUAUGGCAGAUAAAUUGGGCAUGGAUAAAUCAUCGUCGUUUUCAUAUCUUUUAUACGGGAAUUGCAUUUAUCGGUGGAGCAUUUUUUCUAAUCAUAAAUAUGAUUUUGUUUAUACGAGUUUUGGCAUCUGACGGGUACUUGGGAGAAUUUGGCCGACAGCAUGUAGCCAUUGGCCGCGAUUCUCAAAAAUCAGUUCGCAUUACAGAAGCUAUGAAAAACAGCUGA